AUGGGCUCGACGCAGGAGGCCGACCUCAUCCUCACCACGCCCACGCACGCCGAGAGGCUCCGCGUCUGGACCUCGACGCACCAGAAAUGGGGCGCCGCCCUCGAGCUGGACGAGUACCUCCGCCGCGAGGAGUACCUCACCACCGUGCCCAUGAGCCGCAACGGCGGCAUCACCCAGUGGAUCCUGACCGACCCCUCGCUGCCGCCCGACGCCCGCCCCAUCCUCUCCUCGUGCGAGAGCAUCCGCAAGCGCGCCCUCGCCGCGAAGCCCGACGGCUCCGUCGCCGAGGCCGUCGCCCACGGCAUCGCCUCCGUCUUCACCGAGCCCGAGCACCGCGGCAAGGGCUACGCCUCCACCAUGAUGAGCCUGCUCGGCCCGCGCCUCGGCGGCUGGCAGGGCGCCCGCAUGGCCAAGGGCGAGCAGUGGGGCGACAUCCGGGACGGCGAGGUCGCCUUCUCCGUGCUCUUCUCCGACAUUGGCAAGAAGUUCUACGCGAAGCAGGGCUGGCACCCGUACGAGAGCGCGCACCUGUCGUUCCCGCCGCAGCCCAGGGCCGAGGGGCAGAAGGAGGGCAGCAAGGCGAAGCCGGUGGGAUACCACGAGCUGGCGGAGCUGAGCCACGUCGACGAGAAGUUGCUGCGGGCGAGGCUGUCGAAAGAGUCCAAGGGGAGCAAGACGCGGGUGUCGUUGCUGCCGGAUAUUGAUGCUAUCUUGUGGCACCUGAUGCGCGAGGACUUCAUGACCAAGCACAUUUUUGGAAAGACACCGACGGUUAGGGGAGCUGUUGUCGGGGAGCGCGGGGAGAGGGUGUGGGCGGUGUGGACGAGGGGAUACUAUGGUGGAUUGAAGAAGCCUGAAGGCAACACCAUGCAUAUCUUGAGGUUGGUUAUGGAGAACGAAAACAGCAGCGAUGAGUAUGUCCAAGACGCUAUUCACGAGCUCUUGACGCUGGCGAGAGCGGAGGCGGCCGAGUGGAAGUCGAACAACAUUGAGCUGUGGAACCCCGACUCCAGAGUGAGAGGGCUGAUUGAAAAGGCGGGCAUCCCCCACGAGUUUGUUGAAAGAGAGACUGAUAGCAUUGCGAGCCUGAUGUUUUACGGCGAUGGGGAUGUGGAGUGGGUGCUGAACGAGAAGUUUGGUUGGUGCUAG